CAUCAUUAACACCUGAAGAGAAAAAAACAAGGUUACAGUGGUCUAAAGAAAAGCAAUCAUGGACUGUGGAUGACUGGAUGAAUGUAAUAUUCAGUGAUGAAUCACGAAUCUGCAUUGGGCAGGGUGAUGAUGCUAUAACUUUUGUUUGGUGCUGUUCCAAUGAAAUGUAUAAAGACGACUGCCUGAAGAAAACAUGCAAAGUUUCACAAUCAUUGAGUCAUUAAAUCUUCAAUAAAUGUACAAGUUUAUGUUGAGAUUGUGGACACUUUUCCAUCAUUUGAAAGGAUAUUUGGUGAUGAUGACAUAAUUUUUCAGGUU